AUGACGAUGAGACAGCCUUAUGGUGUGGCUGCAGCUAUCAUUCCGUGGAAUGUACCUGUGGGUUUCUUGAUCAACAAGGCUGGUGCAGCUAUGAUGUCAGGAAACACAGUUGUUGCGAAGAGCAGUGAAAAGGCUCCAUUAACCUCUGCGAAAGUGGCUACGCUAGUUCAGAAGGCUGGCUUCUCACCAGGAGUCUUCAAUAUCAUCUCAGGCCAUGGUCCCGUUUCUGGAAGUGUAUUAUCUCACCAUAUGGAUGUUCGUGUCCUGAGCUUUACAGGUUCAAGCAAACGGGUCGCAGCUGCCAAGUCCAACCUCAAGAAUAUCCUUCUUGAACUUGGUGGCAAGUCACCUGCUGUUAUUUUCUCUGACUGCAAUAUCGACAAGGCCGUUCAGAAGACUGCAUUUUCUAUCCAGUUCAACAGCGGCCAAACCUGCAUGGGAAACUCCAGAAUCUAUGUGCAUGAAUCGAUCGUGGACACUUUUCUUGAAAAGUUUCACCAGGCCCUUACUGUCGCAAGUGGCGACCCCUUGUUGCCGAAUGUCAACCACGGCCCACAGGCCGACGUGAUUCAGUACAACCAAAUCCAGAAGUAUAUCGAAGAAGGAAAGAAGGUAGCCAAAAUGACACUUGGAGAGGUUCCACUGGGACACAAGAAUGGAUUCUUCGUUCAACCAACUGUGUUCGUUAACACACCCGAGGAUGCCAAGAUCAUGAAAGAGGAGAUUUUUGGACCCGUUGUCAGCGUUGUUGCCAAGGCCAAUGAUACUGAAUAUGGUCUUUAUGCAGGAGUAUUCACUAAGGAUAUCUCCCGAGCUAUGAGAAUGGCCAAGAAACUGGAUGCUGGCAGUGUUGGUGUUAACUGUACCAGUCCAACUAAUUUCCCAGAUAUGCCUUUUGGUGGAUAUAAGUCCAGUGGAAUUGGUCGAGAGGGAUGGAAUGAGAGUCUGGAGUCCUUCUUGGAGACAAAGACUGUUAUGAUUGCGGUGGAUGAUUAG